AUGCGACUUGAAUAUACGCCCCUUGAACCUUACUUCGAGAAAUAUGAAGAAAAACAAAUCCUUGAUCGCGUACUCCAGCGUCGAGGCGGCGCGCUGAUCCCUCUCGACCGAACCUUGCUAUAUGCACCACUCAUUACCGAUGGUUUUAACUCUUUUAUGAUUGCUCUGCGAACAAAAAAUUCUCUGCCGCCAGAUGUAAGAGAAAUUGUAUUCUGUCGAGUUACCGCAUUGACUUUAUGUUGGUACGAAUGGAAUAUUCAUGCGCCUAUUGCCCUAUCAACAGGAGUUAGCCAGGAAGGUCUUGAAGAUGUGCGCAAUCUUCAUUUGACCGGGGCAAAAGGGCUCAACGAUUGUCAACUGUCUGUUGUUAAAUAUACCGACGCUAUCACGACCGCCGGGAAGGUUCCUGACGCCGUUUUCGAAUUGACUCGGGCGUUUUUCAGUGAAAAGGAAAUGGUAGAAUUGACAGCAAGUAUUGCUGGAUUCAAUACUGUGGCACGUUUCUGUGUGGCGCUCGAAGUUGGAGAGUAA